AUGCAACAAUUUUGGCAAGAAUACAGGUUGAACUUGACCGCCCUGUCCUCCUUUUCGAUUCCACGCUGGAUUGGAUACAAGGCCGAAGCAGUUUCAAUGGAAUUGCAUGGGUUUUGUGAUGCAUCGGACAAGGCCUACGGUGCGUGCAUCUACACACGUUGCACGCUGAUGGAUUCUUCAGUAGAAGUACGCUUGCUCAUUGCCAAAUCCCGUGUUGCGCUGUUGGAGGACCUCAAACGGAACAAGAAGAGACUGUCAACCCCUCGUCUUGAGCUUUCGUCCGCAUUGCUACUUUGUCAUCUGUACGAGAAGGUCAAGGCCAGCAUUCGCAUUCCCCAUAACGCAAGCUUCUGGACCGAUUCGACAAUCGUUGUACAUUGGCUAUCCUCUUUGCCCUCGAGAUGGCGGAUUUUCGUAGCCAAUCGUGUUUCCGAGAUUCAGCACAUCACCAAGGGUUUCGUUUGGAAUCACGUAGCUGGUGCGGAAAAUCCGGUGGAUGUCAUUUCUCGAGGUAUGACCCCGGCUCAACUACUGUAUCACUCAAUUUGGCUUGAAGGUCCGGCAUGGCUGCGUCGAGACCGCAGCACUUGGCCGGUGGCAAGCCCCGAAGAGGAUUUCGAUCGAACAUUACUGGAAGAGCGAAGCGCAGUUGCAAUCCCAGCUCAGUCCAAGCCAAACAGCGAGUUAUUCGGUCUACAUUCGUCUUUGUUCGUAUUGGUGCGAAGAGUUGCAUGGAUUCGCCGUUUCAUCCACAAUUGUCGACACCCAGAAGAAGUACGCAGCGGAAACAUCAACCACAUCGAACACCAAGAAGCCAUGCUGUCGCUGGUACGUCUGGCCCAGAACGAAUCGUUUCCAGAAGAGAUUUCUGCACUACAGCGCGGAAAUCAAGUAAAACCGUCAUCUCCAAUCCACAAACUCUGGCCAAUACUCGUCGAAGGUGUACUGCGUGUCGGUGGUAGACUUUCCGAAGCACCUGUGUCAUCAACUCGUAAGCAUCCAGCGAUUCUCUGUUACCGGCAUCCCCUGAGCAAACUGAUCGUAGUAGACUACCACUUGAGGCUGUUUCACGCGGGUCAACAGCUGCUAACCAGCAGUGUACGAGAGAAGUACUGGCCCACUCAAAUCCGUCGACUAGCAAACACGAUUAUCCACGAAUGUGUAUCCUGUUUCCGUAACAAGCCGAAGGUGUUAGAUCAGCUCAUGGCAAACCUACCGUCAGAACGUGUAUCGCCAGCACCGCCAUUCGUGAAGGUUGGUGUGGACUAUUGCGGGCCAUUCUUCGUUGCCAACUCCAACCGACGCGCAGCUCCACGGAAAUAUUUUCUCGCUGUCUUCGUGUGCUUGGUGACUAAGGCAGUUCACCUUGAACUGGUUGGAGAUCUGACCAGUGCUGCCUUUAUUGCUGCGUUCAAACGUUUUGUCGCACGUCGAGGUAAACCCGUCCUGGUAAUGUGUGACAAUGCUCUCAAUUUUGUCGGAGCAAGACGUGAGCUCAGCGAAUUGCACCGAUUGUUUCGCAACCAAAAAUUCCAGGAGUCAGUUGCAGAAAGCGCAGAAGAAGACGAAAUUGAAUUCCGAUUCAUUCCGGCAAGAUCGCCCAACUUCGGCGGCCUCUGGGAGGCCGCGGUCAAAUCGUUCAAAGGCCAUUUCAAGCGCACCGUUGGGUCGAAGAUUCUGCCACACGACGCCAUGCAUACAGCAAUCGUGCAAAUAGAAGUGAUCCUGAAUUCCCGUCCGCUGACACCCGUUAGCAGUGAUCCAAUGGACUUCGAGGCAUUGACCCCAGGUCAUUUCCUCAUUCAGAGACCACUAACCGCUGUUCCCGAACCAGACCUCAGCCAUCUUCCGAAAAACCGCCUUUCACUGUGGCAAGAAAUGCAAGACUUCGUGCAGCACAUGUGGAAAGUAUGGUCAAGGCAAUACUUGUCCGACCUCAACAACCGAACGAAGUGGACACGUCAGCGAAACAAUAUCUCUGUCGGUACAAUGGUUGUUGUAAGGGAAGAUAAUCUUCCCCCACUGAAAUGGAAGUUGGGGCGAAUAGUACAGGUCCACGCGGGUACCGAUGGAAACAUCCGCGUGGUUACGGUUAAAACACAGGAUGGCCUGUUCCGUAGAGCAAUAUCCAAGAUAUGUGUCCUUCCCAUCCGGGACAAUCAAACUGAUUCCACUACCGAAGAUCAUUGA